AUGUCCGACUAUGCUGAGCGAAUGCUUCGGGCUGAUAUGGCCCUGACCGAGAAUGGCACACCCUUUCAUCAAUACUUUUACGAGGCCAGUAGACUUCGUGGCAACAGACGCCAGGCCGAUAGCCCAACAGACGUCAAUCAUCUCAUCUUAACUCGCCCCGGCCCUCGUCAGCAACACAGACUUUGGAAAAUGGACCGCAUCAUGGAGCCCCAGACAAUCGCGCAUUUUGUCGAAUUUUUCGUCAACGGCCGGCUUCCUGAUGGUGGCCAGACGAAUCACACUCUACUCACCAUUGAAGAGGCCAGGAAUAUCUGUAACCCAUUCCCUGACUGGGCACCUGCCCCCUUCAACCUCCAGAGUAGAUCAACUAUGGACUGGUUCGUCACUCGUAUUGGCACAUCCGAAGACUCUGCCCGCCUCUGGCCGAUUGCCAAGGAGCUUCAUGCAAUGAAGUCAAGAAUUUGGGAGGGCUUACCGCCCCUCUCUGAACGACGAUGGGUUGAGUUGGAGCUUGACGACCCCAAAAACUUCAAAGCUGCUUGUCAGUAUUUCAUUGCUGUUAUCAAUGUUUUCGCCUACCUCAAUAACCCGCGUACUAAGCAUGCUUUGCGCACUACAUACAAUUUGAUUUGGGAUCACCUCAAGGUCUUUGAACGAGCGGUCAACGCUAAGCGCAAAGUGGAUGCUGAGGGUGGUCCAUUCGACGAGGUCUCCGUGACUGGCCUGUGGUACCAGUACAUUAGAGCCCAUUACGAUGAUAUGUGCAAGAAGGCUCACCAGUGGGUGAUUGAGCAUAUUGACCGAAUUCGAGAGCCAAUAGUCGUUGCACUGGGUAGCCAUCAGCCUCCCCCAUCGGAUUCCGUUGAUGCCAAGCAGCGGGAGCUGACAGACAAGAUUCACGAUCUAGCCAUAAACACAGCUGAGGCCGAUUACAUCAUAUUCAUGCCUACAGAUGGUUAUAAAGGCGACAGCCUCUCCGCUCAGGAGCGCAAGCCGCUACCAGCAGAUCGCAGAGGAGGCUUCCGUGAGGAGCCGAUCUCGUGGUCGGCCAAUAUCCACUGGCGAGCACAAGAUUACAAGGCACGAGUUCGUUUUCUAGACAGAAAAGAGAUGUACAACCACUUGCAGCGAGAAGGUCUCUAUCUCGUGGAAGCGCCUCUGAAUAAUGCUGAAAGCCUGGUCAUAAAGAGCAUCAGCCAGAUCGAUGGACAAGAAAUGGCCCGAAAUGAACUUAGAGGGUUCUCGGAGCCUUGCACUGUAGAUCGCUGGAUCGAAUACGCCCGGCAACCAGGGCAUAAAUUGAAAGGAUUCGUCGCCUAUCGGCUGUGUCGGGAGUACGAUGACGACAAGUGGGCAAAAUUCAAGAGACGGGUUGAAGCUGAUGUAGCGGAUUGGGGACGUGGAAAAGAAGGAAUCGAUGAUGCUCUUCGAGCUUGCAAGAUCGAAUGGGUUGAUGCUGAGAAGGAUAUUGUGGAUGACGAUGUCGAGGGUGCCAAGAAGCACUUCAAAAACGCCGUCUUCGAUGUCCCAGUUCACCAUCGAGUCUUCCUAGCCAUCGACAAAGCCACCAUCAAAUCAUAUCUAGAACCAGCCCCUUCCAAAGCCAAAUUUGUCCUUGCCGUUGAUGCAAAGUUUGACGGUACAGAUACAAGUGCGGAAUCACCCGGGUACAAAGGGACCAUGCGCAUACUAGGCAGUCUCCUAUGGGAUGAACUAGGUGCAAUGCUAACUACACAGGGAGCAUCCAUCCAAGAUUUGUGGCCUUUCGCUAUGAGUGACUCAGAAAAGGUUUAUAGGGGUCCUACGUUAGAUAUGGUGUUGAAAUUCCCGACUUAUGAGGAGACUGUGGCUUGGGAGCUUGCCAGUGCUAUGGUGCCUCUGAUGAUUGAUAAGGCAAGGGAUGCGCGGAAUAGUCAAAAUGACUCAUGA